CUUUCACCUUCCCCCGUGCCGUCCUCCCUCUCCUCUCCUCUCUUCUUCUGGCCGCUUUUCUCUUGCUCUUCCUUCUGGUCGGUCGCUUGGGUUUUGAUUUCGAUCGCUUGAUUACCUCGUCUUUUGUCACGGCGAUUCCGUCUCUGUUCUUGUGUCCUACUGCCAACUGCCAACAUGGCGGACUAUAACUACGGAGGCUCCGAGGAGGAGAAUGCGGAGUUGAAGAAGCUGGAAGUUGAGCUGCUCGACGAUCCCGAUAACUUUGAAACCUGGGAGAAGCUGGUUCGCGCCGGCGAGGCGCUCGAGGGUGGAAUUAACCGCAACUCCAACCCCCAAGCUAUCACCACCGUGCGCAAUGUUUACGAUCGCUUCCUCGCCAAGUUCCCGCUAUUGUUUGGAUAUUGGAAAAAAUAUGCCGACCUGGAGUUCUCCAUCACUGGCACUGAGGCGGCGGACAUGGUGUACGAACGCGGUAUUGCUAGCAUCUCGCCAUCGGUGGACCUCUGGACCAACUACUGCUCCUUCAAGGCAGAAACCUCCCACGACGCUGACGUGAUCCGAGAACUGUUUGAACGUGGCGCAAGCAGCGUUGGGCUAGACUUCCUCGCGCAUCCCUUCUGGGACAAAUACAUCGAGUUCGAGGAGCGCGUGGAAGCUUACGAUAAGAUCUUCGGUAUCCUAGGCCGCGUAAUUCACAUCCCCAUGCACCAGUAUGCUCGGUACUUCGAAAGAUACAGGCAGUUGGCUCAAACCCGCCCGGUGACGGAGUUGGCAUCCCCUGAGACCUUGGCCCAGUUCCGUGCGGAGCUCGAUGCUGCCGCCGGGCAUGUGGCCCCCGGCGCCAAGGCAGAGGCCGAGGUUGAAAGGGACCUACGGUUGCGCGUGGAUAGCCAUCACCUUGAGAUCUUUUCCAAGACCCAAACCGAGACGACGAAACGCUGGACAUACGAGUCGGAGAUCAAGCGCCCGUACUUCCACGUUACCGAACUCGAUGAGGGCCAGCUGACCAACUGGAAGAAGUACCUCGAUUUUGAAGAAUCCGAGGGAUCGUAUACCAGGACCCAAUUCCUGUACGAGAGAUGUCUGGUGACGUGUGCCCACUACGAUGAGUUCUGGCAACGCUACGCCAGGUGGAUGGCCGGCCAGUCCGGUAAGGAGGAAGAAGUACGGAGCAUCUAUCAACGUGCAAGCUACUUGUACGUGCCGAUCGCCAACCCUGCGACCCGUCUUCAGUACGCAUACUUCGAAGAGAUGAGCGGCCGUGUGGAUGUCGCCAAGGAGAUCCACGACGCCAUCCUUCUUAACAUCCCCAACCAUGUCGAUACGAUAGUGUCUCUGGCGAACAUGUCUCGCCGUCAUGGCGGCCUCGAGGCGGCCAUUGAAGUGUACAAGAGCCAGUUGGAUUCCCCCCAAUCGGACCUGGCUACGAAGGCGGCGCUGGUUGCAGAAUGGGCUCGCCUGCUGUGGAAGAUUAAGGGCUCUCCCGAGGACGCCCGCCAAGUUUUCCAGACGAACCAGCAAUACUACAUGGACAGCCGUCCAUUCUGGACUAGCUAUCUGAACUUCGAGCUCGACCAGCCCACGAGUGCCCCCACCGAGAACGUUCAGUACGAACGCAUCAAGAAAGUGGUUGAGGACAUUCGGUCUAAUAGCACCCUCCCGGCCCAAGUGGUGAGGGAGCUGGUUCAGAUCUACAUGGUAUACCUGCUCGAACGUGGGACGAAGGAUGCCGCGAAGGAGUACAUGACUCUGGACCGUGAAGUCCACGGCCCCGCGUCGGUGUCUAAGAUGAAGGCUGAGGAAGUGGUGCAGCAGCCCUCCCAGCCUCCUCAGCCUGCCUCCCAGGCGACGCCUGUGGCGGAAAUUGCUGUCCCAACUACCCCUCAAGCUAAUCCCUACGCGUACUACCAGCAGGCGCCGGUCAACGGUGGCUUUCAAGCGACUGGCGUGUUGAGUGAGAGGCGAGAAGGCAUCUUAUUCCCCGCCGCCAUGGAAGGUAUCGUGACAAACGGCUCCUCCGGAGCGCCUCCUCCCAUGCCUCCCCCCGAACCCGAUUCCGCCGCCCCUCCGCCGCCGCCAGACACGUCCGCGCCUCCACCACCGCCCGAAGACCUCCCUCCUGCACCGCCGCCGGAGACAGAGCCCAAGAAAAAGAAGGUCGGAUGGGGCACCAAACGACCCGCAGCGACCCCGCUGAGUGUGGAGGAACUCGUGCGGAAAAAGAGAGAAGCCGAUGCUGCAGCGGCGAAGCCAAAAUUCUUAUCCAAGAAGGAACGUGAGAAGAUCGCCUUAGAAAAACGUGCCAAGGAAGUCGAAGCAACCCGCAGAUUAAAGUCCGAGAGUGCCUCCAAUGGCGACAGAAGUGAUACGCUCUCGCCUUCAGUCGGGUCCAACGGACACAAUGGCGACUCAAGAUUCAUUCCCACUGGCCCUCGAGCCAUGCGCAACUCAGAUGCCCCGACUGCACCGGCAGCGAUGCGCCACUCCCAGUCCCAUAACAAGAACUACGACAUGUCUCCGCCGCCACCCCCGAAAUCGAUGUCCUUUGGUUUGACGGGUGGAAAGGGAGGCAAUCGUGCCGUGGAUGAUGAAGAAGCAGCGGUCCAAGCGGCCCUGGUGAAACAGAGAUAUAUGGGUGCGGACCAGACGUCCAACUUCUCCGCUAAGAAGAAGCGCAAGAGGACGACGGAUCGGAAAUUCAACUUCGAGUGGAACGCUGAGGAGGAUACUAGUGGCGACUACAACCCACUAUAUCAGAGUCGACAUGAGGCCAACUUCUACGGCCGUGGUCGUCUGGCUGGCUUCGGCGACGAUGUCGCAGACUCAGUAGCACAGAAGUACGCGCGCGCUUUGGAAGAUCGCGAUCGUGAAGCAGGAAGCAUCCGCGCCAGAGAGAUCCUCGAGAUGGAGCGCCGACGCCGAGAAGAAAGCACGCGCAACCAGCUCGACAAGCAUUGGAGCGAAAAGAAGCUCGAGCACAUGCGCGAGCGCGACUGGCGUAUCUUCAAGGAAGACUUCAACAUCGCCACCAAGGGCGGCAGCGUCCCCAACCCCAUGCGCUCGUGGGACGAGUCCGGCCUCCCCAAGCGUCUCAUGGAGCUCAUCGGCCGCGUCGGCUACAAGGAGCCCACCCCCAUUCAGCGUGCCGCCAUCCCCAUCGCUAUGCAGUCCCGCGACCUCAUCGGUGUCGCCGUCACCGGUUCCGGUAAGACGGCGGCCUUCCUCCUCCCCCUCCUCUGCUACAUCGCCGAACUCCCGCGCAUCGACGAAUUCGAAUGGCGCAAAAACGAUGGCCCUUACGCCAUCGUCCUCGCCCCGACCCGUGAAUUGGCGCAGCAGAUCGAGAUCGAAGCCAAGAAAUUCACUAUCCCGCUUGGGUUCAACGUCGUCAGUAUCGUCGGUGGUCACUCCCUCGAAGAACAAGCCUACAGCCUGCGCGACGGCGCCGAAAUCAUCAUCGCCACACCCGGUCGUCUCGUUGACUGCAUCGAGCGCCGCAUGCUUGUCCUUAGUCAAUGUUGCUACGUAAUCAUGGAUGAAGCCGACCGAAUGAUCGACCUCGGUUUCGAAGAACCCGUCAACAAGAUCCUUGACGCCCUCCCCGUCUCCAACGAAAAGCCCGACAGCGAAGAAGCCGAAAACUCCCUCGCCAUGAGCCAACACAUCGGCAGCAAAGACCGCUACCGCCAAACCAUGAUGUACACAGCCACCAUGCCCACGGCCGUCGAACGCAUCGCCCGCAAAUACCUCCGCCGCCCAGCCAUCGUCACCAUCGGCUCCGCCGGCGAAGCCGUCGACACCGUCGAGCAGCGCGUCGAGAUGAUCGCCGGCGAAGACAAGCGCAAGAAACGUCUCGGCGACAUCCUCUCGUCCGGCGAAUUCCGUCCCCCGAUCAUCGUCUUCGUCAACAUCAAACGCAACUGUGACGCCAUCGCCCGCGAAAUCAAACACUGGGGCUUCUCCUCCGUCACCCUGCACGGUAGCAAAACCCAAGACCAGCGUGAAGCCGCGCUUGCUUCAGUCCGCAACGGCUCCACCGACGUCCUGGUCGCCACCGAUCUGGCAGGUCGUGGUAUCGACGUCCCAGACGUCAGUCUGGUCAUUAACUUCAACAUGGCCGGCUCUAUCGAAAGUUAUACCCAUCGUAUCGGUCGUACCGGUCGUGCCGGGAAGAGUGGUGUCUCUAUUACCUUUUUGGGUAAUGAGGAUACCGAGGUUAUGUACGACCUAAAACAAAUGCUCAUGAAAUCCCCCAUCUCGCGCGUCCCCGAAGAACUCCGCAAACAUGAAGCCGCGCAGUCGAAACCCACCCGCGGAUUCCCUAAGAAGAGUAACAAUAAUAACAAUGAUGAGGGGGGAGGCUCUGGGUUUGGUGGGAAGGGGGGUUGGUGA